AUGUUAGGUACCUACCUGGGCUGGGGAACAUGGCAGGAUAUGAACGCCGUUUUUCUGUCGGGCAAGGUUGAGCAGCUCCACUCCGCUGUUCUCGCCAACUAUGGCCGCAGUCGACAACAGUCGGCGGUGUUGGAGGAAGUACAGCAAGCGGCUCUCGGCAUUGUCAAGCGGAUCAACGAGCAUAGGGUCAAGCUGUGCCGCGAACAGGUGGAGUCAAUUCGGCAGUUUCAGAAGAUGAUGAGGCAGGAAGCUCGCCGUCGUGACUACGCCAAUUUGAGGCCCAGCUGGAUUGAGGAGCGUGUCAGGAACCAGUGGCGCGACAACCUUACGCCUCCCGACUUUGCUCGCCCAGCAGUCCGCCAACCGGUGUUCCAACUUCUGCCACAGGCCCCCGCUCGCCAGGCUUUUGAAGUCGAGAACACCCUGCACGCCUACUGUCCGGUGACGAUUCUGCUUCCCGCUUCAGGCACCGGUUUCGAAGUUUUGUUCGGGCGUCCUCAGGAGGCCUUGGUCCCAGUUUCCGCGCCCGCUCCUGAGACAAAAACAGAGGAUGCCUCGAUGGUGGAGGUUGAGAUGGUGGCAGCUGAGAUGGAUAACUCGGACAUGGACGUUGACAUGGCUGAUGUUCCUUGUGAGCCGCUCCUUUGUCAGGGCUCGCCCACUCACCCUGCCCCGCCUCUUUUAUUCAACCCUGUGUCGGCCGCUUUUGAAGACACAGCCAUGGAGGUUGAGCAGGGCGAAGAUUUUGGGAUGACUAUGCCUGUCACCGUCCCUCAGCCGCCGUUCAUCCACAUCCAUCGUCCUGCGAGUCCCCUCCCGUCGAUUCCACCUGCUGCUAUUACCGCACCCGCGGAGGUCAACGCCCAAGUUCAGCCCGCAGGCUCCGGUUCGCGCUCGUCCGACUCGUCUCUUCCACCGACCAACCCUCGUCUGUUUGACGCCAUGGUGGAACAGGCCGUACCUACACCGGAACCCGAAGCCACGCUAGCCCCUUCGCAGCCGCAGCAGCAGCAGGUCGAUUUUCCGGUCUGCACUCCAACCGAGACCUCGGCUCCGACUCCGGUCACCGUCAGCCUCCCAGCCCCAGCACCUUCACACUCGUUUGCACCGGCCACGGCAACGGCGGCCAUCAACUUCGCCCCCCAGGCUCCCGGACCCCGCAAGAGUCGUCGAUCUGCAAAGCCUAGGACCAGACCCAGGCGGAUUCAGGCUCAAGCACCAGCCGCGGCUCCGUCUAAUGCUCCGGCCCCUGAUCCGCCCCAGGUACCACAGCUCCCGGCCCUCCCAGCUCCGGCAACCGCUCCCCAGUCCUCGUCUUUGGCGCGCGACGAAGGGGAUGGCAACGCCUCCACGAAUUCCCCCGAGGCCGAGCCUACCAAGGAGCUCGACGAUGCUAUGAUACCUGGCGAGAUUGUCCGCAGUCACUGCGAGGACUGGAUCGAGGCCUGCGCGGCUUUCAUGGAUAUUUCCGACCUGUGUGCGAAUCUUUCGCCCCAGUGGAUCCGUACAUGGAAGCAAAGCACCUUGAUCAACCUCGGCCAGGAGUUGCCGGAAGACGUCGACGAGGCGGAGAUUGACCAGGACGGUGCCACCUCCCUUGUGGGGCGUUUCUUCCACUUCAAUCUCCUCCGAAGGAUGGGCGGUCCCGUCAAGGCUGGCGAGAAUGCUGUCUUGAGGCAUUUGAAGGAAAUCGCGGCAAAGGAAGGCAUGGACCUGGGUCAGGUGGAGGUUUGA